AUGCCCGUGCCCGCGCGGCGCCUGGGGUGGGCGGCGCAGAGCGCAGCGCUCCCCGUGAUCGCGCUGGACCUCUUCAACACGCACCUCCGCGCGCCCCUCCACAUGCGCUGCCACGGCCGCCCCCGCCUUCUCCCCCUGCGGGGACACCUUCGGGAACACCUUUUGAUUGCACCACGUACGUUUCGACUGAAACACGUGUUUGUGACGAAUCUUGGUUUCACCUUCAAUCGCACGCAUAGGUUUGUGCGCAACGGUUGCCACGCCUAUGUCGAGUUCGCCUUUCCUGCAAGCACGCGAGUGCACAAGGUGACUCGGGCCAUCAACUGGGCGCACGGAUCCGGUCUAGCGUUCUACCACAUGUUGGUGGAGGCCGUGCCUCAGUUCUUCAACCUCGCGCCCAUCAUGCCUGCUUUCUCUGGUGGCCGUGUGCCUAUUAUCUCGUCUGCAAAGCAGGCGAGGGUUUGGGACCGUUUGGUGGCGCCGCUGGUGGGCGUAUCACGGGAGGGAGUGCAGCUUAUAGCGCCAGAGGAGGACCAUCUCAUCUUCGCCCAUGAGCUGAUUGAGCCAUCCCGGCAGUACUGCGGGGUGCCAGCACGGGGCCUAUGGCACAGCCUGCGGCGGCGGCAUCUGCUGCACCCGCAGGGGUUGCCUCUCUUCCACCGCAACUGGACGCAGCGCCGCCUCUCCCCGCUCUCCGACCAACAGAUGGCUCUGCUGCCCGCCGACUGGGUGGUGCUGCUGGUGCGGCGGCCGGGCAAGGAGAGGGUGAUGGAGAGAGAGGGCGACCUGGAGGCCAGCAUGAGGCGUGUGUUUGGCAACCGCCUGGUGGUUUACGGCAAGUCGCUGCCCAUUUUGCAAGCCCGAGCGCUGUUCCGGAGGGCGCGGCUGGUGGUGGCGGUGCACGGGGCGGGCCUCUCCCACACCAUCUUCAUGCCCUCCAAUGCCUCCGUGCUCGAGAUUCGCCCUCGGGAUUACCACAACACCCUUUACGGGGAGAACUGGUACACACUACAGCAGCGGGGAAAGGAGGAGGAGGAGGAGGAGGAGGAGGAAGAGGAGGAGGAGGAGCUGGGGGAGGAGGAGGAGGAGGAGGAGGAGGAGGAGGAGGAGGAGGAGGAGGAGGAGGAGGAGGAGGAGGAGGAGGAGGAGGAGGAGGAGGAGGGGGAGGGGGAGGGGGAGGGGGAGGGGGAGGGGGAGGGGGAGGGGGAGGGGGAGGGGGAGGGGGAGGGGGAGGGGGAGGGUUUCUGGCUGGCUGCGUUGCAGGAGGGGUGCUCGUUAGUGAAGCUGUCUAAAGCGGGGAUGGGGAGAGGCCAGCCGAGGAGCUUUGUGGUGGUGGUGGAGAAUGGAGGAUCGUUGUCACUGAAAUGGGAAAAGCAAGGACUUAUGGGAAAAGUGGCAAGAUCAGCCCAGUUACUUUCCACCGAACCCACCAACGCAGCUUCCUGGGAGUUUCUCAUGGAGACCUCUGCAGGGGCCAUAGUGGCGAGAGCACCUUCAGAGGAAUGGUUUCAGAUCUGGACGGAAGGCAUGGUGUCUGUGUUUGAGUAUGCACGCUCCAUGAGGGGGUAUGUGAGCAGCAGAGAACGGAAAUAG